AUGGCAAGUGCAACAUCCCGUCCCCUGGAGUACCUGGAGGGGCUUCCCGGGACGACUUUUUAUAAAUUAUACCAGCAGCCAUCUACAGCCCUUGCGAUCUUCCGGCGCAUGUUGCCUGAUUUAGCAAAAUGCUUUGUAAUGGCCUUACUCUACCUAAAAGACCCUCUUCCAACAGCUGAUCUGGAAGUUUGGGUCAAUUCAGAGAGCAAGAAGGAACGGGAUAAUGCGCUUUCAAUAUUGGGUCGACUUCACAUACUAUCUACGACCCUCACAAGUGAAAAUGUUCGUGCGUACAUGGUCACCAACCCAUUCGCUGCUUCGCUUCGACAAGCUCUGAUGGGCGCCGAGGACUCUCACUCUUUCGGUGUAUUCUCUCAAGCCCCAGAACAUACCCUGACUUCGAUUGCCGAUUUGGACGAAUAUGCUCGACGGCAGUGGGAAGGUGUGAUGGGGUACAUGGUUGGAACGAGUGCCUUGAGUGGACAGCGCGAUGCGGUUAAUUUGAGCAAGGGUGUCAAACAGCUUCUCCAAGCGGGACACCUAGUUGAGAUCCGAGGCAACCGUGUUGACAUUACCAAAGACGGGUUCGGAUUUGUGCUCCAGGACGUGAACACACAAGUCUGGCAUAUCUUGAUUCUUUAUGUCGAGAGCGCCGAGGCCAUUGGAAUGGAUAGCGUUGAAGUUCUCUCGUUCCUGUUCCUUCUGAGCAGCCUGGAACUUGGAUCAUCUUACGAUAAGAGCCACAUGACACCCAACCAACUUCGCACUCUCACGGACCUCGCCGAUUUUGGUAUUGUUUACCAGGAAGACGCCGACGCGACGCGCUUUUAUCCUACGCGUCUUGCAACUACACUUACAUCCGACUCGAGUGCCCUGAGCAACCCUGUCACGGGUUCUCUCACUGGCCCAGCAGGGCCGUCUGGUGGCACUGGCUCCGGGUUCAUCAUCAUCGAAACCAACUACCGACUCUAUGCCUACACAUCGUCACCCCUACAAAUAUCCCUGAUCUCCCUUUUCACAAACCUCAAAUACCGCUUCCCCAAUCUAGUCACCGGCAAAAUUACUAGACAGUCUGUCCGCCGAGCCAUCGAGAUGGGAAUCACUGCCGAUCAAAUAAUCUCAUACCUAUUAUCGCACGCACACCCACAGUUGCGGAAACACAGUGCUGCUCAAUCCAAUGGCAAGGGUGUCCCGGCAUCUGUCCUCCCGCCUACAGUGACAGAUCAGAUCAGACUGUGGCAGCUGGAGCGCGACCGUCUCCGGGCCACGGCGGGCUUUUUUGUUCAAGGACUUCACCAGCUUGACCGAAUAUCAGGCUCCUUGCCAAUAUGCAGCGGAGAUUGGCGUGUUAGUUUGGAAGUCAGAUCGGAAGCGCAUGUUCUUUGUCACGAGGCAUGA